AUGGCUCGUGGUGGUAACCGUGGAGGAGGACGAGGAGGUGGUCGUGGACGUGGACGUGGCGGGGGACGUGGUCGCGGAGGAGGAGGCCGUGGUGGCGGACGUGGGGGCGGACGUGGUGGUAGCAAUGGUCAGGGAGUGCGCCAAUCUUACUUCCCCGGCGACCAGAAGAAUGCCCGCCUCGAGGCUUACUACAUCGACCAGGGCAUCCUCGACCCUUCCGAGUGGGCCACCUUCAUGGACUACCUGCGCACGCCUCUCCCAACUACCUUCCGACUCACCGCCGGCAAGGAGACCACACCGCAGCUUCUCAAGGCGCUUCAGGACAUCUACAUUCCCUUCCUCUCCAACGUCACCUUCGAUGGCGAGAAAGUCGACCCGCCCAAGAAUUUGCCUUGGUACCCGGAUGGCCUCGGGUGGCACCUCAACACCAAGAAGAACGUCAUCCGCAAGUCGCCCGAGUUCAAGCGUUUCCACCAGUUCCUUGUUCACGAGACUGACGUCGGCUCCAUCAGCCGUCAGGAGGCUGUUUCCAUGCUUCCGCCCCUGUUCCUCGAUGUGCAGCCCCACCACCUCGUUCUCGACAUGUGCGCUGCCCCUGGUUCCAAGACGGCUCAGCUGAUCGAGUCGCUUCACUCUCCCUUCACCUCGGCUCCCAGCGCUUACAACCCAAUGCCGACUGGUCUUGUGAUUGCCAACGACUCGGACACCAAGCGCGCCCACAUGCUUGUCCACCAGUCGCAGCGUCUUCCUUCGCCCAACCUGCUGGUCACUAACCUCGACGCUUCCAACUACCAGUCCAUUCAAGUUCCCUGGAAGGCUGCUGACGAGGGCGCCGAGGUUAUUCAAACUGCCAUGAAGUACGACCGCAUCCUUGCCGACGUGCCCUGCUCCGGUGACGGUACCAUUCGCAAGAACGUGCCCAUCUGGAAAGAGUGGACGCCCAACAACGCUGUGGGUCUGCACGCUCUCCAGCUCAAGAUCCUCAUGCGCGGUCUCAACCAGCUUCGUGAGGGCGGUCGCCUCGUCUACUCGACCUGCUCCAUGAACCCCAUCGAGAAUGAAGCCGUCGUCGCCGAAGCGUUGCGUCGCUUCGAAGGCAAGGUCCGCAUCGUCGACUGCAGCUCGAGAUUGCCCGAGCUCGUUCGACGAAAGGGUCUCACCACCUGGAGGGCUGCCCCUGGCCGAGGCGCUCACCUCUUUGGCAAGUCCAAGUACGCCAAGGAGAAGGUGGCCAAGACUGCUGCUGUGGAUGCCGCUGACGCUGCUGCUGCCGAUGGAGAAGGCGAGCUUGUCGAUGCAGAGAUGAAGGACGCAGAGGGUGAGGUGGAUGAGACCACCGCUGCUGCUGAGGACGAAUCUGCCGCUCCAGAACAGGCAGGCGAGGCAGCUGCUGAUCCCGAAAUCGGUUCUGCCGAGUACCGCGACCGUCUGCCCGAGAUUGCAUGGAUCAACGACUGGGAGCAGCUCAACGAGCUCGACGCCGAUCUCGCCUCGCGCACGCCCAAGUCGCUCUGGCCUCAAGGUGACGAGGAGGCACUCGGCACACAGCACUGUAUGCGUCUCUACCCUCACCUCCAGGACACGGGUGGAUUCUUUGUUGCCUUGCUCGAGAAGGUGGGCAACCCGGACGACGAGGGUAUGGCUGCUGGUAUGAUCCGUGCCAUGGACCACCUUGAUGCACAACGACCCGACGGCGAGUCGCUCACCAACGCAGUCAAGCGAGAGCUCUCUCCCGAAGCCGCUGACGCUGACGGUGCUCAGCCGGCCGCCAAGAAGCUGAAGGAGGACGACAGCUCUGCUAAGGAAGCUGCUGUCGCUGCUGUCGACGAGACCGAGCCCAUUGAGGUGGAAGAGGCGACCGAAGGCACCAAUGUCAAGGAGGACAAGCAUGCUGCCGAUCGCGCACGCAAGGCUGCUCAGCAAAAGCAGGUUGCUGAAGGACACGGUAUUCCCGGUGGUCUCCCGUACAAGGAGGACCCUUUCGCAUACAUCCCGCCUUCUAACGACCAGGUACAGGCGUGCAAGAAAUUCUUUGACCUCAAAGACACGUUCCCGCUGCGCAACCUGCUUGUGCGAAACGAAAACCACCAACCACUGCGAUCGGUCUACCUCACUUCGACCACUGCCCGCGCCGUCAUCACCGGCGGUGGCCCCGGCCGCGGUAACCACCCUCACAUGAACCCCAUCUUGCUCCGACUCAUCAAUUGCGGCAUCAAGAGCUUGGGUCGACAGGACGCUGGCCGCGACGGCACACUCGAGUGCAAGUGGAGGAUCAUCUCGGACGGUCUCUUGUCGGUACGCCCGCACAUCGAGGAGCGAUCUGUGCUCAAGGCGCAGCUCAAGGAUUUGGCAUUCUUGAUCGCCCACCACUAUCCGAUCUUGGACAAUGUGCCUGGCGAAUUCGGCGAACUGCUUAAGAGCAAGAAGAUGGGCAGCUACGUGAUUGAUGUGCUUCCUUCGGAACACGAUGGCAGGAAGCUCGAGUACAAGCUGAGCUUCCCCAUUUGGAGGGCGGUCAACAGCGUCAACCUGAUGCUUGACAAGCAGGAGAAGAGUGCCUUAUCGUUCCGCAUCUUCGACACGGACCUUUCCAGCGCCGACGGAGGACGUCAAUUCUCAUCGCAACCUUCCAAGAAAGCAAACAAGGUCGCCAAGGACGCUGAACUGCAACUUUCGGAUCAAGAGGACGCUGCACGAGCUGCCAUGUCUUCUUCCACCGCUGCUGCUGAUGCCCCUGCCGCAGCUCCCGCCAAGGUUGAGCUGGCCCCAUACCAGUCGGAGUACAUCCAGCUUGCGCUCGACAGUGCGAUCCUCAAGUUCGAUGGGCCGUACACGCUCAAGUCCGGGCGAUUGAGUCCGUACUUCUUCAACGCAGGGCUGUUCAACACGGGAGCCAAGGUGCUCAAGGUGGCCGAGUGUUAUGCUCAGCGUAUUGUCGAGGCGGGGGUGCAAUUUGAUGUGCUGUUCGGGCCUGCGUACAAGGGAAUCCCCUUGGCGGCGGCGACGGCGAUGGCGCUGCAGCUGAACCACGGCGUGGAUGUAGGAUUCUGCUUCAACCGCAAGGAGGCCAAGACGCACGGCGAGGGCGGCUCGCUCGUCGGCGCCGAGCUCAAGGGACGCGUGCUGAUCCUCGACGACGUCAUCACCGCGGGCACAGCGAUCAACGAGGCCAUGGACAUCCUCGCCAGCCAGCCCGCCGCCCAGCUCGCCGGCGUAGUCAUCGCCCUCGACCGCCAGGAGAAGUCCUCCAAGGACGGCGUCACCGGCUCCACCUCGGCCAUCACAGAGGUCGAGAAGCGCUACAACACCCACGUCUUCUCCGUCGUCACGCUCGACCAGAUCAUCGAAUUCAUGAACCGCGACCCCGCGGCCUACGCCGACAAGGUCGCAAAGAUGAACGAGUACAGGAUCAUGUACGGCACCUCCGAGGUUGCUAGAGCCCAAGCUGCUGCUGCUGCUGCUGGAAGCACCGCUUGA